AUGGCCAGCGUGAAGGUUGCAUGCUUGGUUCUGAUGUGCAUGGCUGUGGUGAGUGCACCAAUGAUGGUGCAGGCCAUUACAUGCGACGAUGUGUCAAAGGCCCUGAUACCGUGCCUACAUUACCUGAUGAAUGGUGGAGAGGCUUCAGAAGGGUGCUGUAGCGGAGUGAAGAACAUUCUGGGUGCUGCCGGCACCACCGUCGACAAACAAACUGUGUGCAAAUGUCUCAAGGACGCUGCUGGUAAGUAUAAAAUCAAUGACCAGUAUGCACAGGAACUCCCUGGCGCCUGCAAGGUCAAUGUCCCUUACGCCAUCAGCCGCUCCACCAACUGUGCAAAUCCAUUUGAGAAAUAUAACAUUACUAUGGCAACUAUGGCUAGCGUGAAGGUUGCAUGCAUGGUUGUGAUGUGCAUGGCUGUGGUGGGUGCACCCGUGAUGGUGCAAGGUGUUUCAUGCAAUGAUGUGACAAUGAACCUUGCACCGUGCCUACCUUACCUGAUUAAUGGUGAAGCUGCUUCAGAUGCGUGCUGUGCAGGAGUUAGGAGCACUCUGGGUGCUGCUGGAACAACCUCUGACAAACAAACCGUGUGCAACUGUCUUAAGGAUGCUGCUAAUAACUUUGGCAUCAACGAUGGUUACGCUCAGGCACUCCCUGGCCUCUGCAAGGUCAAUGUCCCUUACAAGAUCAGCCGCUCCACCAACUGUGCAAACAUCAGGUUGUAG